AUGAUUGAGUCAUAUAGAUCACUUGAAACACCUGCAGCUGAUUUGGAGAUCGAUGUGAACCAUCUUAAGGAAAAGGUACCGAAUUUGGAGAAUGAGCUCGGAGAUGAAAAACGCAACCACCAAGAAGCCAUUGUGCUGUGUCAUGAGCUCGAAGAACAUAUUCAACGAAACAGAAACACUUCUUUGGUUGCUGAGGAUGAGGAAGAAGGUGAUAUCAGGACCAAAUAG